AAAAAAUCCGCCAAAUCACAUUUUCUCUCUUAUAGCAACAAAAUGCAUAAGAUUUUCGAAAUUGUCUUCAUUAAACACUUUACGGAAGUUGGAGAUAAUCAUACGAAUGAGGAGUCUGAACCACCAAAUGCCGAAAUUCUUGUCAACACACACAUAUCAUUUAGCGAAACAGAUGUCAAGAUAUGCUUGGGAACUGUCUUUAUACUCAUCAUCGUAGUUUUCACAAUUAUGCUCCAGGAGUUUAAAAAGCUCAGGUCUGUGGUGAAGUUUGUUCCACAAUCCGGAAUUCUCCUGUUUGUUGGGAUGAUUAUGGGGGUUGUGACACAUUUUGUGAUCCAGGCAAUGGAAAACAGUACUGCGUACAGACCUAUUGAGAUUCCUCAUCACUAUAUACAAAAUUUGGUCAUCUCACCCAUCAUACUUCACGCUUCAUUUGAGAUUUAUCAUCCUGAGUUCUUCAAACAAAUAGAGAGUGUGAUGGUGAUGGCAAUCAUUGGAACUGUUUUUAAUGCACUUCUAAUCGGGUUCUCAGUCAAAUUUCUGUAUGCAAUUCAUUUCUAUGAGGAGAUGACAAUGAUUCAUUGUCUGGUGUUCAGUAUUAUCCUCUCAGCUGUAGAUCCUGUAGCUGUAUUAGCCGUAUUUGAAGCUGUCCAUGCUGACAAAGAUCUGCAUUAUCUCAUAUUUGGAGAAGCUCUGUGGAACGACGGAGUCACAUUUGUGCUUUUUGAAGGACUCAGAGAAAUGGCGAAAGUUAGAACGGAUACAACAAUUCACCCUGAAUCAUACCUUUUCGUUAUCUUGUGUAUGUUUGUUGCUUUCCUAGGUGGGGCCUUGAUAGGUUUUCUGUGCGGAGCAAUUUCCGCCCUAAUCACUAGAUUUACAACUAAAAACUCACAAUGCUUUGAACCAGUUGUGAUCUUGAUGAUGGCUAUACUAGCUUACUUCUUAGCCAUGUCUAUCGGAUUUUCUCCAAUAAUAAGUUUGAUAGUCUGUGGAAUGAGUCAGAUGAGAUAUGCUGUUCCAAACAUAUCUCCCGGCAGUAAACUUACAAUAAUGGGAAUAGUUAAAGCUAUAUCAACCCUCUGUGAGAUACUUAUAUUUGUUCUUCUUGGUACAGAAGCUGUGGAUAUCCAUAUUGACUGGAUUUUCGCUGUCAUGACUCUUCUCAUCAUUUCUGUUUGGAGAUUUGUGAUUACGUUCUCUCUUGUUUACUGCAUCAAUAUAUUCAGAUACAACCCUAUCAGCUAUAAAUGGCAGUUAAUCAUUUUUCUUGGUGGUCUCAGAGGAGCUUUUGCUUACGUCAUGGCUCUGGAUUAUGAUGGUCCUUUUAAACUAAUGUUUCAUGAUACUACUCUAAUAAUCAUCAUUGUAACUAAUAUUAUCAAUGGAAUAAUAACCAAGCCCCUGGUUAUGUGUAUGAAACUCCAGCAACGAGAACCAGCUAAGGAGAUCACAUUCAACAAUGUUUCAUCUUAUAUUGCACAUCUGACUAGAUCUGGACUUGGUAACCUAACUAAAGGAGAUUCACAGGACACCUGUUCUAUGAAGUGUUUGAAGUUUGAAAAGGAAUAUAUUUUCCGAUUUCUUUGCAGCAAUCAAUCUGGACAAAGUCAACUGGUUCGAGACUUUGAUUCUUACGAGGAACAGCAAGCUCUUUAUCUGAUUGAAACCCAUGGUCUGGUUGGUCUACUCAAUAUACAACAUGAUAAACAAACUAGUGAUGCUGAGAGUGAGAAGAAAGAGAAUUUAGAAGAUGUUAAAAUCGAUUAGUGAUUUAGCGUUUUCUUUAUUCUUUAGAAUAUUGUAACAUUUUAUCAUCUUGUUUUGUAAAUAAAAUACAGUGUAAAUAUAAAAGAUUUAAUUCACGAUUGCAGAAAUAAAAUACCCCCUUUUUUCA